AUGGACCAAGAGGAGGCUCCACCGCCUUACUCGGCCGUUGACCCGUUGCUGGCGCCUGCGAAUAGUCGCAGUGGCAACCCCUCGGCACCUUUGCGUGGGAAUGUUUCAUCUUCGCCAGGUGCUGGCAGCUCCAGCGCUAGUCAAUCUGUAGCACCAUCCAGGCCAGCUGUUGUGCCUACCCACUUUACUUCCGCCGUGACUUAUUUCGAGGAACGGCCGCCAACGGCUUUGGACGAGACUCGGGAUCUCCUCCACCAUCAUAUGACGAUAUACCCCCGCAGCUCAGCAAAAGAUUUUCCUCGACGGCCUCGAUGCUGGACCUCGGGCGUGGACGAUGUUGCCCAGCAGGACUGGGACACCUUCCUGCGAUAUCUGUUUCCUCCACAAUUAGGUUUGGCGGCUGCCUCGCAGCAUCUUCCUCGACAGCUGCGCGCUGAGAUUCAGCGAGAUCGCAAGGACCGACCGCAAGAGACAGAUGAGCAGCGACAAGCCCGGAUUGCAGCCGUGGUAGAGGAAUGGAAUCAAUGCUUUUUUGAACCACGCGCCGCUCGCAUUGACUUUGUCUAUGUCGGCGAAUCUGAUGCAGCGCCCUCAUCUGCUCUUUGUCCUCGGUGCUACCCAGCUGCAACUAGGGCUACACAGAGUCCUAGCGCUGCUGGGGUUCUGGAAGGCCAACAUGCGGCGAAUCCGAAUGCGCCGUCACCUGUGCCAGGGCAGCACACACCAUCGCCGACUGCCUGGCCUGUCCCUCCAAACCAACACUACCCUUACCCCCCGAUGCCGGGUCACUAUGGGCCAUUUGGAGUGAUGCCUCCAUUCCCAGCACAUGGUCCACCUCCUAAUCAUCAGCCUCCUCAAUACUAUCCCCCUCCACCGCCGCCACCUCCAGGUGUUCCGCCAUGGCAAUGGAACCAGUGGGCUUAUACUCAGCCGCAAUAUGGUAAUUCUGGAACACAAAAGACGGGUGGUCCAUUGGGGUGGAUCUCUUCACUCACAUCACAGGCGCAAAAGUACGGUGAACGUUUCGCCGAGCAGGCUCAGCAUUAUGGGGACCAAAUAAGUACACAGGCCAUGCACUAUGGCCGACAGGUCGAGGAACAAGCAUUGGCGCAUGGACGCUGGCUUGAGGAGCAGGCACGGCUUCAUGGACGCAAGCAAGGUGUACAACCGUCGGCCCCGUACACUUACCAGCAGCCUCCACAGAACCCGGGCCACGCCACAAGCCCUACGCAAAACACAACACCUCCAAACAAUCCAAGCCCUCCGGCCCAGCCCCAAGGAAAUCAAUCUCCAGCCCAAACACCAAGCCAAACCACUUUUGGCACAAACUCAAAUCAGACCCGCGACCAGUCCAGCAGUGAAACCAAGGCCGAUAACAAAGAUCCUAUCGUUGGUCGCUCCCGUCGUGACUCCAUCAGUUCCAUCUCUUCCGAAUCCUCACUCAGCUCCAUCGACUCCAUCUCAACAACUUCCGACCUCGGCCCCUCAGAUCUAGCAACCGUUCGUACGCAAUUACAAGAUCUACACGAUAGGCACGACCGCACAUUAUACGAAGCAGCAGUCGACCUCCGACGACAGCUAGACAUCCUGCAAGAAUCCCGCCGUGAGGCCAGGGCAUCUGGCCGGCAGAACUGGCGCAGUGUUUUGUGCCGACAGCAACCGAACGCCACAGACAGCACUGACUGGGGUCGCUGGGAAUCCCCCGAGCAACAAGAACGUCAAUCGACAGAGCGCCGCGCCAUGAAGGAAGAGAUGCGCGCUACCAAGAAAGCAUUCCGCGACAUCGUGCGUCGCGCGCGUGAUGAACAGCGUGAUAGGAGGCGUGCGAAAUGGAAUCAUCGGCGCCAGGCCCUGGCUAGCGCAGAGAACAAUGCGAAAGAUAACACCUUGCUAGACAACCGUAUGGGAAAUUUGGCGCUUGCCGAUACACCCAACCCACUCCCAGUCCGCUCGCAGACGGAACCUGUUUCCUCGCAGAUGUCGCAACGAAAUCUACCUUCUCGGCCCAAUCUAAGCUCGGAUGUCAGUGCGCAGGGUACUGUGAAUUCAUCAUCGUCUGCAUCGCAGCCACAGUCGCAAAUUAGUGUGAACGAAUUUUCAGCCGAGCUUCCUGGCAGGAAGGCUAGGCCGCAAGAUCGGUUUAAAGAGAUGCUGAAGCCGCGGAGUGCGAAGAAGCAGCACAAGCCUUCGGAUUCGAAAGAUGGGAAGGAUUCGAAGAAGGAUCCUAGUGGUUGA